CCGGGCAGCACCGGACAGCGCCCGCAGGUUCUCCUCUCAGAGACAGCCCCCACUGGGCACCUCAGCAGCGAGAUGAACCCCACCGUGGGCAUCGCCGUCAUCCUGACAGUCCUCCAGGCUGCCCACUGCCAGAUGAUCAAGGACCUGAGUGCCUGCCUGCUGGGCCAGAACCUGCGUGUGGACUGUCGCUAUGAGAACAAAACCGACAACCCCCUGACCUACGAGUUCAGCAUCACCAAGGACAACAGGAAGCACGUCAUCCACAGCACCAUCAGCGUCUCCGAGAACAUCUACCGGAGCCGAUCCAACGUCACCAUGCACAAGAACCUGGUGUGCCUCCACCUGCAGAGCUUCACCACCAGCGAUGAGGGCAUCUACAUGUGCGAGCUGCGGGCCACCAACGACUACACCGGCAACCAGAUAAGGAACAUCACUGUUAUCAAAGACAAACUGGAGAAAUGCGCCGGCUUCAGCCUCUUGAUCCAGAACACCUCGUGGCUCCUGCUGCUGCUCCUGUCCCUGCCUCUCCUGCAAGCCGUGGACUUCGUGUCCCUGUGAAAGGCGAAGCACUCGCACUCACACUCACACUCACACUCACACUCACGCUCACACUCACACACGCACGCACAGCGCUCGCACACACACGCACGCACACACCGAGCGCCCCAGCACCCCGCCUUCCUCGCGGCCCCCGGGAAGAGAAGCUGAAGCGUCUGGAAGCCGUGAAACCUCUCUGUGUUAUCUCUAUUUAGCCGUAUAUCUAACGCUAGCCACCGGCCCGUGCCGAGCCCCGCCAUCCCACGCACACACGCCCCGCUCCGAGCAUGGUGGCUCUGCUAGGCAGCGUUGCUUCUCCCGUGGCGCCUCCCCGCUCCGUAGGCUGGCUGGUUUGCUUGUGCUGGGAGCACUGGAGGCCUCAGCCUCGCUUGUCCCGUCCCUUUUACUCUUGGGGUUUGCCUGUUCUCAACUGGGGAAGGACAGCUGGACCGGCAGGUAAGAGAGAGGGGUGACGUGAGAGUGUGUGGAGGGUGCCCGUGGUGGGUGCUGUGCCCGUGGUCCCUGGAGGUGACAGGGCUCUUGGUGUCCCCACCUGCCCUGCCUGCCAUCCAGGUGACUGUUUCCUCACCCUGCUCCUCUCACCCUGAGCUGCCACGGCUGGGAGAGGGCACAAAAUGAUUCCUGUCUCGCUGAACAGGGGAGCCACGGCAUGCUGCUGGGCCUGGCAGGCUGGGAGGAGAGAGGGGAGCAGCUCUGGGUGACACCAUGAACCCCUCCCAGCCUCCUUAGGGCUCCUCUGGGGCCCUGGGAACGGGAUCAGUGCAAAUGUGCUUCGGCAAACAAGUUUUUCCUAAUCUGUUUCUUACAGCUGAGCUGGAAGUGAGGCUCCUCCAGCCACCACCUGGUACCUUUGGGCUGCCUGAGCCAGAGACGCCACUCGCUCUCCCUGGGGACCAGCCCUUAGCUGUGACGAGAGAAUUGCUGCCAGCACCAGUGGAGGCAAGCAGAGCCUCUCUGAGCUAGCCACAGCCCCACUGCCCUCAGAGCUGCAUCUAGGCUGGCUGGUGGGAGGGGGUUCCCUUCUGGGAGUGUGAGCCCAGGGUCCCCGCAGGACUCCUCUGCACUGGCACUUUGUCAUCCCCAAGGGAACAUCUGGGGACCCCAGUCCUUCCUCACGGAGAGGCAGAGCAGUCUUCCUCAAAUCCCACCGUGCUCCUGGGAGGAGCCCAUGUGCCCCUCCCUUCUCCCUCCUCCUUUUCAGCAUUUCCCUGUCUCCCUCCAAGAGCAGCAAAGGACCUAAGGGCAGCCCACAACCCCGGUGAGGCCA